AUGAGCCCCCGGGUCCCCGCCCCUGCCAGCAGGAUGCUCUUCGCCCUGGCCUUGGCCUGUGCCAGCCCCUUCCUGGAGCCGCGGCCGGAGGGGAGCCAGCGGGCGCUGAACGUGGCCGUCAUCCUGAGUGGGGCAUCCUACGGCCCCGCCGGGCCGCGCCUGGCUCCCGCCGCCUUCCGCAACUUCUCCUUGGAGGUGAACCCAGUGGGGGUGGUGCUGAACGACACCAAUCCCCGGAGCCUCAUCGUGCGCCUCUGCGAUGUCCUCUCCUCCCUGCGCAUUCACGGCGUUGUCUUCGAGGACGACACGCGCUCCGAGGCCGUGGCUCAGAUCCUUGACUUCAUCUCCGCCCAGACCUCUGUGCCCAUCAUUGGCAUCAACGGCGGCUCUGCCAUCGUCCUCACACCCAAGGAGAAGGGCUCCACCUUCCUCCAGCUGGGCUCCUCCACAGAGCAGCAGCUGCAGGUGAUCUUUGAGGUGCUGGAGGAGUACGACUGGACGGCCUUCGCUGUCGUCACCACCCUCUUCCCCGGCUACGAGGACUUCGUGGACUAUGUGGAGGUCUUGACCGACAGCAGCUUUAUCGGCUGGGAGCACCGUGGUGUCCUCACCCUCAACCUGACCGACGAUCCCGAGGGGACGCGGCUGCGCCGGCAGCUGCGUGAGGUCAGCGCCCAAAUCCGCCUCCUCUACUGCUCACGGGAGGAAGCCGAGGCCAUCUUCCGAGCGGCGCGGGAGGCUGGUUUAGCUGGCCCCGGGUACAUCUGGUUCGUGGUUGGCACCAACCUGGGGGGAAGCGACCAACUGCCGGAGCAUCUCCCCGCCGGCUUGUUUGCGGUGCUGUCGGCUGGUUGGCGGGACGACCUCCAGCACCGGGUGCACAACGGCGUGGCUAUCGUGGCCAAGGGCGCCGAGGCCUUGCUCCGCGACUACGGCUUCAUCCCGGAGUUCAACAAUGACUGCCGGGCCCCCAACGUCACCCAGAUCAAUGACAACCUCCACCGGUACUUCAUGAACAUCACCUGGGGACAGAAAGAUUUCUCCUUUAAUGAGGAUGGCUACCUUGUUAACCCCUCGCUGGUUGUCAUCUCCCUCAACAAGGAGCGCAGCUGGGAGGUGGUGGGUAGCUGGGAACACCGGAUCUUACGGAUGAAAUACCCCGUUUGGUCCCGUUAUGGGAAAUUCCUUCAACCGGUGGAUGAUGACCAGCACCUGACGGUGGCCACGCUGGAGGAGCGGCCCUUUGUCAUCGUGGAGAACAUUGACCCUGCCACCGGCACCUGCAUCCGCGACUCUGUCCCCUGCCGCAAGCAGCUCAACCGCACCGCCAGCCCCUCAGCCGAGCCAGCGCUCUUCGAGAAGAAGUGCUGCAAGGGCUUCUGCAUCGACAUUCUCAAGCGCCUGGCCCGCACCGUCGGCUUCACCUACGACCUCUACCUGGUCACCAACGGCAAGCACGGCAAGAAGAUCGACGGCGUCUGGAACGGCAUGGUGGGGGAGGUGUUUUACCGCAGGGCCGACAUGGCCAUCGGCUCGUUAACCAUUAACGAGGAGCGCUCGGAGAUCAUCGAUUUCUCGGUCCCAUUCGUGGAGACGGGCAUCAGCGUCAUGGUGUCCCGCAGCAACGGCACCGUCUCCCCUUCUGCCUUCCUGGAGCCCUACAGCCCUGCUGUCUGGGUGAUGAUGUUUGUCAUGUGCCUCACGGUGGUGGCCGUCACUGUCUUCAUCUUCGAGUACUUCAGCCCCGUGGGCUACAACCGCAGCUUGGCCACCGGGCAGCGCACGGGCGGCUCCAAGUUCACCAUCGGCAAGUCCAUCUGGCUGCUGUGGGCCCUGGUCUUCAACAACUCGGUGCCGGUGGAGAACCCCAAAGGCACCACCAGCAAGAUCAUGGUGCUGGUCUGGGCCUUCUUCGCCGUCAUCUUCCUCGCCAGCUACACUGCCAACCUGGCUGCCUUCAUGAUCCAGGAGGAGUACGUCGACACCGUCUCGGGCCUCAGCGACCGCAAGUUCCAGCGCCCGCAGGAGCAGUACCCCCCACUGAAGUUCGGGACGGUGCCCAAUGGCAGCACGGAGAAGAACAUCCGCAGCAACUACCCCGACAUGCACAGCUACAUGGUCAAGUACAACCAGCGCGGCGUGGAGGACGCGCUGCACCACCUCAAGACCGGGAAGCUGGAUGCCUUCAUCUACGAUGCCGCGGUGCUGAACUACAUGGCGCGCAAGGAGGAGGGCUGCAAGCUGGUCACCAUCGGCUCAGGCAAGGUCUUCGCCUCCACUGGCUACGGCAUCGCCCUGCAGCGCGGCUCCCGCUGGAAGCGCCCUGUCGACCUGGCCCUGCUCCAGCUGCUGGGCGACGACGAGAUCGAGAUGCUGGAGCGGCUGUGGCUGUCAGGGAUCUGCCACCAGGAGAAGCUGGAGGUGAUGAGCAGCAAGCUGGACAUUGACAACAUGGCGGGUGUCUUCUACAUGCUGCUGGUGGCCAUGGGGCUCAGCCUGCUGGUCUUCGCCUGGGAGCACCUGGUUCACUGGCGGCUGCGCCACUGCCUGGGGCCACCGGGCCGCCUGCGCUGCCUGCUGGCCUUCAGCAGGGGCAUGUACAGCUGCUGCAGCGCCGAGGAGCCCCCACCGCCGCAGACCCUCCGCCCGCCCUGCCCCCCCCCCGACCCCCCCCCGCGCUGCCCACCCCCCCCGCCCCCCCGCGACCACCGCCGCCCCCCCCCCCGAGCGCUGGCGCCCCCCCCGCACCCCCCCCGCCACGGCGCGGCCCCCCCCGACGCCUUCCACCGCUUCUACGGCCCCAUCGAGCCGCAGGGGCUGGGCCGGGGGGGGCCCUGCCCCCGCACCCCCCCCCGCACGCCCCCCGCGUACUACCCCCCAGCGGGGGGGGGGCACGACGCCCUGCCCCCCCCCUGGCCGCGCCGCUCGCUGCGGGGGCUCUACGAGAGCCUGGGGGGGGCCGCGGGACGGGGGGGGAGCGGCCGCGGACCCCCCCUUCGGCUACGCGCGCUUGGCCUACGAGGACGAGCGGAACCCCCCCCCCCAGCGCCCCCCCCCGCGAGCGGCCCCGCCGCCCCCCCCCGCGGCGGGGGGGACCCCGAGGCGCAGCCCCUCCUGCGGCCGCCUCCCCCCCCGCGGGCACCUCUGCCGAGGGCACCCCCCCCUUCUCCCCCGCCCCCCCCGCUGUACCCCGAGCUCUCCGACUCGGAGUCGGACGGCUGCGACCCCCCCGAGAAGGACAGGUUGUGGUGGCACCUGGGCGAGACACCGGUGGGGACAAGGGACAGGUCCCUACAGCCUCAUGGUGACACCAGCGAGGACACAGACGGGUGA